CCGCGCUCGAAUCGUCGGUGUUCUAUCGAGGGUGUCCGAUUUGGCGUGUAAGGUGUUUCGUCUUGACGGUGAGGGAUUUGAUUUCUCAGGACGAUUAAAGGAGAUCGCUAUAUAGAUUUCGCCGGGAGAGUUGUUCCCACGUCCCCCGAUCUGCGAUUAACCCUUUGCCUGUUUAUCACCGGCAAUCGAAGGGUGUCUUCACGUUUGAUUAUAUAUGCAGACGCGCGCGCUAGUGACGGAUAGGCGACAGAUCGAUCCUCGCUGCAUGGAGUCGAGAAAAUUGGAAACUUCGCCGGCUCACGAUUGACGGGGAAAACGAAGAGGGAAUUAGAAAGCGGCUCGGGUCACCGUGUUACGUAGCCAAGAUGUAUCUGUCUCAUCUUGUGCGAAGAGCGUUCUGCAAGCAGGAACUGACGUGUCUGCGGUUCCUGCGUUGGACCGUCCUGGUGCCGCUUGUGAUUUAUAUGUCGCUUCUAUUUGUCAAGUACAACAAAAGCGUGCCUCUGAAAAGUUUAUCGACCCCGAGCGACCGGGAUAAAGAGGGUGCCGCGAUGGAUAGCUUGUUCUUCGAGUUGGAGGCCGUAACGGCCGAUAAAAAGAACUUGGCGGGUUACAAGGACGCGGGAAUCGAUCGACGCAGAAACGACGAGACCAUACAAAUCGUGGAGGUGGAAAAUCGUCAGGAUCCGAGGAGCCUUCUCGAGGAUAUUUUCCGGCGAGCAGACACGGACGAGAACGAAUUGUUGGAUAUCCAGGAACUAGCCAAAUGGAUCCAUGCAAAAAUCACCGAGCAUAUCACGCGCGCCAUGCGAGAGAACGUCGGUCUAUUCACUGCAAUCGACAAUAAUCCUAGAAAUGGUGAGGUAUCAUGGGAAGAAUAUCACGCUUAUUUCCUAAGAACCCAUGGUUUCUCCGAGACAUACAUAAAUUCUCACGACAAGAAGCAUAGGGAAAUGCCGAGGACACUGAAAGAGAGCAUAAUGAGGGAUCGAGCGCGAUGGGCUGAAGCGGCUAGAAACGAUCCCGAAAAGUUAGCUCUAGACGAAUUUCUCGCUUUCACACAUCCCGAGAGCAGUCACAGAGCUCUCCUGCAAAUGGUAGAGGACCUCUUUGAAAAAUUCGAUCGGGACGGAGACGAGCAGCUAACGGAAGAUGAGUUUUCGGAUUUACCAUCAGAAGGAGUCGGUCUGGAUUUACGCGAAGAUCGCCAGCAAGCGAUAGGAGGCAGCGAAGACAGGCGUAAAGAGUUUCGACAUUUGAUUGACAAGAACAAAAACGGGAAAGCGGAUCGAACUGAAUUAUUGAUGUACAUCGAUCCGCGUAAUCCCAGACAUGCUAUCCAAGAAGCUCAACAUUUGAUUACUCUGUCGGACACGAAUUUAGACGGAAAACUGGAUCUUCUGGAAAUUUUGAGUAAAAUGGACCUAUUUCUCGACAGCAAAAUGGUAGACACUGAAAAAAGUUUCCAUGACGAAUUCCGAUAAUUUCUGAAGACGAAAAUUAAAAGAAGGGUUUUUGCUGAAGUAUAUAAAAUGAAUUAUAUAAAAAGUAAGAUAUAGAUACAGAUAAUCUGAAAUACUCGUAAUGUGGGGUCAUCAAAAUACUUAAUAGGAUAU